UAUACAACAAUUUUAUGACCAGUAGGUAAAAAAGACUGACCUUUUUUCUGCUGGAAACCACUAAAUGUGUUGCGUUGGUUGUGAUGUCACUUUUUUCGUAACACCACAUUGUGAUUUGUUGUCCGCUGCUAAUUGUUUCGCGCGGAUUCGAAAAGAAUUGUGAUAAAAUAUGAAAAAUAAGUAAAUGAAAGUGGUGAACGAAUUUAAUUUCUGCAAAAUACCAAAAUGAUUUCUCCUACCCAGAAAUUCAAAGUGCUACAAACAUUACGAUAGUAAACCUAUAAGUAAGGCAGGCUGUACUUCGUGCAUUGUUGAUGUAAUUAAUUGGUUCGAUUACAAAAAUGUUGAGAAUCUACAAAAUCGAAGUGAAGGCUGAACCAGAAUUGACAAUCAUCGAUGAUGGCCGCUUCAAUGAUUUGGUCAAACCGAUGCAAAAUUAUGACCGAAGCAAAGAACAGCUGUUUUGUGCCAACAAUGUGAAGGAAGAAAAUUUUGUACGAAACAUUGUGCCAGGUGGUCUGGAAGUUACCGAUGUAAUCGUCAAGCUUAAACAAGAGAAUAAACUGAAUAUCUUCGAUGAAUACGAAAAUAUUCCUGCAGUUGUGUACGACACGCAUCAGCUUCUGGGACUGGGACAGCUUGAUUGCAUCCAACAAAACACUGAGAGUGAUUGUACUGUUGGUUCAACUACAACGACAUCACCAUCAUCAGCACCAGCACUUCAAGAGUCAGUUUUGUUACAAAAUAGUGUCGCCGAUGAUGUGAGCAGUUUCGAAUGUUACCUUUGCCAUCAAAUGUUUUACGAUGACAGUGAUUGUAGGCGCCACAUGUUUCUCUGUUGCUUUUCUCCGUUUGUUUGCAGAAUCUGUGAUAAAAAUUUGCAAAGUCGCGCCGAAUUGCAUCGUCACCUCACGCAUCAUAUUGAAAAAGGUUUAUGUAGAAAAAAGCCCAAUCAGAUUGCAUCCACGACUACCAACAAAUUUCGAAUUGUCAAAUUGGUCGAUUGCUUAAAAGUUAAUGACGGAAAGUCCACCAAUGACAGAAGACACGCCUGCAACUACUCAGACUGUAAUGCGACAUUUUUCACUGCGAAGGCUCUUUCCAUGCAUAGACUCAUACAUUCCGAUCAGAGAAAGUAUGUGUGUGCUCAUGAACAGUGUGGCAAAAAAUUUAAACUUCGCAGCUACCUUCGGGAACAUGAGAACAUCCACAAAGCCGAUGCUAAGCGUCACAAAUGCGAAUAUGCCAAUUGUGAUAAAGCGUUUUUUAAGAAGUCUAAAUUAACUCGUCAUCACAUCACACAUAUGAGUGCUAGACAGUAUUCUUGCGACUAUUCGCAAUGUGAAAAAAAAUUCAAAGAUAAAACCGCCCUCAAUCGUCACUUCGCCACCCAUUCAGACAGAAUUCAUGCGUGCACGUUCACUCAAUGCGAAAAACGAUUCACGUCGAAAGCUCUUUUAAAGUCUCAUGUGGCCAGACAUAUUAACGAUAGACCGCACACAUGUACCCAUCCAGGAUGUGGGAAGAAAUUUCAAGAUUAUCCUAAUUUUGUAAGACAUAAGAAGGGACAUGAUGUGGUAGAACGACCAAGACCUUUUGUUUGUCCUGUUCCACAAUGUGGGAAGAGUUUUGCAUUCAAACAAGUCUUAAAACGUCAUAGUUCCAGCCACUUGGUUGACAGAUCAUACGAAUGUGAUCAGUGUGGAAAAAAAUUUAAAUGUAAGGAAUAUCUUCGCUUGCACAAGCGCACGCACAUGACCACACGGCCACAUACUUGUAAUUAUGAAGAGUGUGGAAAGUCAUUUAAAUCGAAGCCUGAACUCAAAUCGCAUAUGACAGUGCACAUGGAUCAGAGAUCUUCACUCAUCCAGAAUGUAAUAAAUCAUUCAAAACCAGUAAAACACUUCGUGUUCACCAAAUUACUCAUUCACUCGUCAGACAAUACUCUUGUUCACAUGUAAAUUGUGGAAAGAAAUUUAAAACAAAAGAUUGUUUAAGAUCGCAUCAAAAGUUUCAUUUAGGAAAGAAAUACAUUUGUUCGUAUGAGCAA